AUGCCGCCGAGCAGAGAGACCGCGAAGCAUGAGUGUGUCUCCGAAGACGCGCUGCAGCACCUCAAAUCGUACAAGUACUCGAGCGUCGACAAGUCCCUGAUCUCACGAUACAUCCUGAAGCACUACUGGAAUGGAUUCGUGGAGCUGUUGCCGCUGUGGCUCGCGCCGAACCUGGUCACUCUGCUAGGCUUCUUCUUCAUACUGGGGAAUGUGGCCUUGUUGGAGGUUUACGUGCCGGAUCUGGUCGGACCGGCGCCCUCGUGGGUGUAUUACAGCUUCGCCUUCGGCUUGUGGAUGUAUUCCACCAUGGACAACGUCGAUGGCAAGCAAGCACGCCGAACCGGAACAUCAAGCCCGCUUGGAGAGCUGUUUGACCAUGGAAUUGAUUCGCUGAACUGCACCCUGGCAAGCCUGCUGGAAACGGCAGCGGUUGGAUAUGGUACCACCAAGACUGGCGCCUUUACGGCCCUUGUUCCGGUGCUUCCGAUGUUCUUCUCGACCUGGGAAACGUACCACACACACACCCUGUAUCUUGGCUAUUUCAAUGGCCCGACAGAGGGUUUGAUCUUCGCAUGCACCUUCAUGUGCAUGUCCGGAUACUUCGGACCCGAAAUCUGGUCAACACCCCUAGCCAAAUACUUGCCGGCGUACAAGGAAUAUCUUGACGAUAUGACUUUCCGAGAUUGCUGGAUACCUAUGAUUCUCAUCACUUUCUUCGUCGCGCAUCUUCCAGCCUGCAUCAUCAACGUCGCACGCGCGCGUCGUGCCCAAAACCUGCCCACGCUGCCACUAAUCUGGGAAUGGAUUCCGCUGCUCAUCUUUGUUGCGGCUACCAUGGCAUGGCUGGGGUCACCAUACUCAUUUCUCCUCAAGGACAACCACCUCGUUCUCUAUUGCCUUACCAUGUCCUUGGUCUUUGGGCGGAUGACGACUAAGAUCAUCCUAGCGCAUCUGACACGCCAACCCUUCCCAUACUGGACCGUCAUGCUUGCGCCCAUGAUUGGAGGUGCGUUGCUGGUCAACCACCCAUACUUCACUAUUACGGGCACGACGUUUGGCCCGGUCUCCGCAAACUUCGAGUUGUGGUACUUGCGCGGUUACUUCGUCUUUGCUGCCAUCGUGUAUGGCAAAUGGGCGCAUCUAGUGAUUACGAGCAUCUGCGAUUAUCUCGGCAUCAACUGCCUGACGAUCCCGAGGAAGACAGACGAAAAGAGCGCCAAGUCAAACGGCGCGGCGAAUGGCUAUCAUCCAGGGAAAGGUCGCAGAGACUGA